AUGAGCGUCGACCCAAAGGCAGAAACACCUAAUCAGAGAAGCGACGUUCAUUACUACGAUGACGGAGAUCUGCUGAUCAUCGUAGAAAAGACGGAAUUUCGCGUACACAAACUGCUUCUCAAACUUGCGUCCGAGAUGUUCAGGUCAAUGUUCGCUUGCAAAGUUUCCCAGGACGGGCCUUUGGAUAACGCCAAGCCAAUCGACUCGGUAGUAAUCACAGACAUGACUGCUGACGAAUUCAACGACAUAUUAACGUUCAUCUACCCACAUACGAUUCUCGACAUAUCCUGGUCCAAACUAUCAUAUUUAUUAUCGAUUGCCGACAAAUACAUCAUGAUGAACCUGACCGAGUAUUGUCUUCGGUUCCUCGAAGCGAAUUUUCUGGAUCGAGCAUUGGACAUGCUUAGUCUUGCUGAUCGGGCUUUAACUGCUUUUAGUCUUUCUGAUCAGCAUAGAAGCACGUUCUCAUUUUUGUACAAAGAGUCUUCCAAGUACGUUCUAGAUGAUAUUGGACUUGUAUUCACAAACUCUCUUCCCGUGGAUUUGUCAAAUCAAACACGUAACAAGCUUAUUGAAGCGAGAUGCAGAUACUUUGAAACGAUCUCUAGCCUAUCUCUCGAUACUCUGAAUAUUCAAACGUCCCCGUCAGGGGCGCGCGUCUUAAAGAACGGUCUUGCUGAAAUAUGCAUCCUUCCCCUUCAACCGCCUUCUGUAGUAUGGAAAAAGUUACACGAAUUGUUUAAGAAAGCACACAUGGACAGUUUACAAGACAAACUGGAUGCGAUGGUUGAAGAGUUGUUGGGACCAUACGAAAUUGGAACGUACGAUGAUAGUGGCAACUGUUAUAUGUUUCUUGAAUAUCAAUAG